ACCACCACCACCACCACCAACAACACCACCAUCAUCAUCAUCAUGGGAUCAGAGCCAGGACUGACGGACCUACCAGUGAUCACCAUCCAACACGACUUCCCAGAAGUCAUCUCAGACAUCAAAAAUGAAGUCUGUCUGGCCGAAGAUAUCUGGAUCUCCUGUUACAGAUCAUCCUCAUCAUCAUCGAAUACGACAUCGAAUACGACUGAGAGUAGGAGGAGCAUCCAUGGAAAAGUCAGAGUCUCCUCCAAUGUCCUCGAUCAUCCUCAACAAACCCAAAACAACUUGAAUGAUCUUAUCAGUUUAGAGGGCAGGGAUGGGGUCGAAUGUCGUUGGGCAGAUGAUGCUUCUUUCUCACAACUAGCGCUCAUAGUCACAUGCGAACCACUCUCGAUCCCGCCCACCACAGUCAGUUUCCCAUCCCAGACACUCGCACGGAUCCAGCCGAACGGGAUCGAAUGCAUGGAUGUCGCCGGAGAGUGGCUCGUCACGGGCGGGAAGAACGGCCAAGUACGCGUGGAUCGAUGGGCCACACAGCCUGCAGACACUCUCGCCCACCAUGACGAGCUCUUGUGUCGGAUCGGAAAGGGCCAUGUCUCUGAUCUCACUAGUUGUCAAUUCUUUCCCAGUGGGAAGGUGAUUCUAACGACCUCGAUCGACAUGUCCGCCCGAAUAUACUCAAUCGAUCCAGUCCCGAGCGACGACAAUGAGGAAGAAGACAGCAGGACUCCGACGAGGAAAAGAAUGACGAUGCUGAAUCCGCGAACCUUUGGGCCUCCGCAUGGUCGGGGGGUGAUCGGUGCGGGGAUCAUAGGGAAAGGGCGAGAGAUUGUGACGGGUGUCGGGACGGGAAGCUGCGGGUAUGGAACGUGAGCGAGUCGAAGUGGUGGCCGAGGCGGAGAUGAGCUCGAGUUCUUCCGCGAAGUGCUGGCCCUGGAA